CAGCCGGCGGUCUGGUCGGCCGCCGACCCACACUGCACAGGCCGGAUGGCUCGAAGGGGGAUUCACAUAUCCCCUCAAAGAUUUUAGAAGGGGCAGGAGGGGGAUCCCUGGCCUUACGCUCCGCUUCUGCAGGCAGCGCAGCUCCAGGCUCUCUGGCACCAGCAUGAACAGUUCCCCGAGCUAGGUCGCCAAUCCUCCCAAAUGGAGCGGACCUGGCCAGACACUGGGGGUUCCCGUGCCCUUUUGGGACCGACCUGUGUCCCAGACCCAGCUAGAGGUGAACAUGGCAGAGCAGGAGCCCACCGCAGAGCAGCUGGCGCAGAUUGCAGCCGAGAACGAGGAAGACGAGCACUCCGUCAACUACAAGCCCCCAGCCCAGAAGAGCAUCCAGGAGAUCCAGGAGCUGGACAAGGACGACGAGAGUCUGCGCAAGUACAAGGAGGCCCUGCUGGGCCGCGUGGCCGUGUCUGCAGACCCCAACGUGCCCAAUGUCGUUGUGACCCGCCUGACCCUGGUGUGCAGCACUGCCCCCGGCCCCCUGGAGCUGGACCUGACAGGUGACUUGGAGAGCUUCAAGAAGCAGUCCUUCGUGCUGAAGGAGGGUGUGGAGUAUCGGAUAAAGAUCUCUUUCCGGGUGAACCGAGAGAUCGUGUCUGGCAUGAAGUACAUCCAACACACAUAUCGGAAAGGUGUCAAGAUUGACAAGACUGACUACAUGGUGGGGAGCUACGGGCCCCGGGCCGAGGAGUAUGAGUUCCUGACCCCCGUGGAGGAGGCGCCCAAGGGCAUGCUGGCUCGAGGCAGCUACAACAUCAAGUCCCGCUUCACAGAUGAUGACAAAACUGACCAUCUGUCCUGGGAGUGGAACCUCACCAUCAAGAAAGAGUGGAAAGACUGAACCUAGCCUGGGAGGCGGGCAGGGCGGACAGCGGAGGGAUGUACACGCCCCACCCCACCCCUACCCCCACCCUGACCCCAUACCAAAGUGCUGACAGGGCCCCUGCCCAUGCUGCCGUCAUUCCCGGUCUGCCUCCUGCCCAGUCCACAGGCCCCAGCCUCCUGGAUAGUCUAGUGUUGUUGCUGCUUCCGUCUGUGCUGUGGUGGGGGCUGCAGCUCAGGCCUCCACCUGCCCCUCUGGAUCCCUCCAGGGUCCCCCACCUGUCCUCACAGAACUGGAGGCUCUGGCUUUCCCAAGGGAGUGGGGCACUCAGGUCCCCCUGGGCCUUUUCGGUUCCGUCCCCUUCCAGGGCAUGGGGUAAGGGUGGGGUGCACGAUGCAGGGCCUUGUGAGGGCUGGUCAUCCUUCAGCUGUCACUCCCCCCUGGUCAGUUCAUCCAUUGCUGUCUGUAGCCGUCUAACCAUGAUGCCUUAACACGUGGAACGUGUGCUGUGGGGCCGUCACUAACCUCUAACCCUGUGUCUGCAUGAGCAUGUGGUCCCCCAGUCCCCGCUGCCCCAUCCGUAGCCCAUGGCCUGGGAAGUGUGGGAUGAGCUGCUGCUGCCCCUGGCCUGCCAGGGCCUGGCUAGCCCCGCCCUCUCCACUCCCCCUGCCAGGGCCUGGCUAGCCCCACCCUCUCCACUCCCCCUGCCAGGGCUGUGGGGACAGCUCCAGGGGCCUGGGGAAAGCCAAAUUGCCAAAACUCAAGUUGCCUCUAGUCCCAUCUGAGAGGCUGGGUGUCCUUACGCCUCUGCUUUCUCUGUCCCAGUGGGCAACACCCAGACCCAGAGCCCACGGCCCCAAAAGAGAGCCCUCGGACAAAGCCAGCAGCCGAGCCUUACUUGUCCACCUGGGCCUGCCGGCCUGGAGUGACAUGCCUGGCCUGUCAGUAUUUAUUGCCUCCAUAUGUGCCGUCCUGGGCCCCCUGGCCUGCCACCUCUGCCCCCAGGCUCCAUGCCACCAUCCUUGGCAGGCCCCUGGACCCAGCCUGGACAACUGUGGGACCAAGUGGGCACAGUCGGAGCUGUCCCCUGUGCCUCCCUCCCCUCCCCUCCCAGGUCAGGCCCCAGCUGGAAUGCACAGGAACCUGCCCCUGCUUCUCCUUUUCUGACCGGGAAAUAAACUCCCCCCAAAGGA